UAACUGAUAAAUACCACCUCUGGUGCUCACACUUCCUCACACCAAUAUCAAACAUUCUCCUAGCUUCCUCCACAUCUCAAUCUUUCUUUGAUCAAUUUCUAAGCUCUAAAAUCAUCACCAUGGGUGUCUUCACAUACUCAGACGAGUCCACCUCAGUCAUCCCCCCACCAAGAUUGUUCAAAGCCCUUGUUCUUGAAGCUGACACCCUCAUCCCCAAGAUUGCUCCCCAAUCAGUGAAAACUGCUGAAAUUGUUGAAGGAGAUGGAGGUGUUGGAACCAUCAAGAAGAUUAGCUUCGGUGAAGGAAGUCAUUACAGCUAUGUGAAGCACCGGAUCGACGGGCUUGACAAAGAUAACUUUGUGUACAACUACACUUUGGUUGAAGGAGAUGCUCUUUCAGACAAGAUUGAGAAAAUCACUUAUGAGAUUAAGUUGGUGGCAUCUGCUGAUGGAGGUUCCAUCAUAAAGAGCACCAGCAACUACCAUACCACAGGUGAUGUUGAGAUCAAGGAAGAGGAUGUCAAGGCUGGGAAAGAGAAGGCAACUGGUCUGUUCAAGCUUAUUGAGAACUACCUUGCGGCCAACCCAGAUGCCUGCAACUAAAACCUUAAAAUGAAUAUAUACUGCAAUGAGGGGCUUUCAUUUUCCUUUUCUGUCAUUGGUGUGGCUUUCAUUUUCCUUUUCUUUUUCUGGUGUAUGAAGCCAGAGCUGCUUUGGCUUGCACCUGAGGCUAUGAUGAUUUGUAAUGUUUGUAUUUGAUUUGAUUCUCAAUAAAUGAAGCAAAAAUCAAUUACUAGUCUUUACAAUA